AUGGCUACCUGGACCACGAUCUUGGUGGCCUAUCUACUAGGCGGCGUGACUUUUAUCCCUCUGUUGGUUGCGUUUGUCUUCCUCUACGGAUACUAUAACCUGCCGUACCGACGCACCCUCGGCUUUCAAGAGGAUCAUGACGAUGGCAGCAUCGUCCGUCCCGGCGACGACACGACUGCACUCGACGAGGCCAGGAGGGCCAGGAACAACAGCGAUUCCAAGAGGACAAAUGCCGAUGUUGAUGUCGCCGCUGGGUAUUUUGCCGUCUGCCGCGAAUAUACCCCCAUGGGCAUCAACGCAAAGCCCGUGGAACGCUCAACCCCCAUCGGCUCCGCCACAGUGACCCCUACAAGUCCGAGCGUCUAUCAGACAAUGUAUAGGAGUAUAUUCGAUCGCAAGGCUGCUGCCAGCUCGAUGGAUAGUAGCAGCAGUGUCAGCCAACGGCCCAAGAAGGCAGGCAAUGUCUUUUACGUGGUGCUCAGACAUGGGCAUUUGAUGUUGUUUGACGACGAAGAGCAGCUCGAAGUACGACAUGUGAUAUCCCUAGCGCAUCAUAGGAUAGGGCUGUAUUCCGGAGGCGACGUGACCCCCGAGGGCGAGCUGUUCAUCAAGCGAAACGCAAUAUCCCUGACGCGAAAACCCAACGAAUCCGAACAUACCCCCGACAACCAGGCGUCGAGGCCGUUUUAUUUGUUCUCGGAAAAUUGUUCAGCCAAGGAAGACUUCUACUUUGCUAUGCUCAAGAACCAACAGCAUACGUUCGGGUUCGAGCAUAUCGCGCCCAAUCCCAAGCAGUUCGAGCUCAAGUCUAUCAUUUCACUUGUGCAGAAGCUGCAUUCAUCAGAGGAUCAGGUGCACUCGCGCUGGAUCAACGCGAUGAUCGGAAGGAUCUUUCUUGGCGUGUAUAAGACCAGGGACCUGGAAACGUUCAUACGCGAAAAGAUUACCAAGAAGAUCUCGCGCGUCAAGCGGCCUUCGUUCCUCACCAAUAUCACGAUUCAGCAGAUUGAUACGGGAGAUGCUGCGCCCUACUUCGCCAACUUGAAACUCAAGGAUCUCAAUGUCGAGGGAGAGUGUGUCGUGGAGGCCGACUUGAGAUACACCGGCAGUUUUCGUAUUGAGGUUGCUGCUACCGCGAGGAUCGAUCUGGGCGCAAGGUUCAAGGUUCGAGAAGUCAACUUGAUUCUUGCCGUCGUUUUGCGCAGGCUGGAAGGUCACGUUCUGUUCAAGAUUAAGCCGCCUCCCAGCAACAGGAUUUGGUUUUCCUUCCAGACAAUGCCAAAGCUGGAGAUGACCAUCGAGCCCGUCGUCAGCUCGAGACAAAUCACAUAUACCGUCAUUACCCGUCAGAUAGAAAAUCGCAUCAAGGAGGUCUUUGCCGAGACAUUAGUUCAGCCAUUUUGGGACGACGUUCCCUUCUUUAACACGGAACACAAACAGCUGAGAGGCGGCAUCUUCGAAGGCGACGAUGCAGUCAGGCCCUCCUCGCAGCCUGCCGAACCCUUGGCCCAGAUUGGCGACGGUGAAAUUCCUGAUCUCCUUGACGCUGGCGUUACCCAGACGCUAGACGACGCUCAGUCCAUAGACAAGAGCCAAUCAAUGCCAGUAAUAGACGCUCUCGAGCCGGCGACAAGUCCGCUUAGAAAGACGUCGGACAAAGCAGCAAGUGCCUCACCGGCUGCGGCGUCGUCAACCAGCGUGGACCUAGCUCCUCCGGCUCCUGUUCAUUCUCCUAGGAUUGUGAAGCCCGCCACUGAGCCUAUUGUCGGAACCGAAACAACGCAUGCUGACCUGUUCAAACCAUCAACGUCUCCGCCGGACCAUGCCAUGAACCACAUGGCAGCACUGCGCUCCAGGUCCCAAGACGCCUCACCCAUAUCCAUCACUAGGAAGCUGUCACAGUCCACCCUCGUCUCUCGGCGGUCGUCCUCCUCGUCAAAGGAGCUGCACGGCAACGCAGCCGGAGAAGACGAACAGCAUGCAGAAUCCAAGCCCAUGCUACCAAUACCGCAGCAAUAUGCCGCGUCUUCCUUCGGCGUAGCGGCGGCAUCUGAUUCUGAUCUCUCUCGCACCCCUACUGCCGGCUCGAUCAAGUCCCAGGCAGGCUCCAUCAGCCGCAGCUUGUUCCAGAGGCGCGAACCCCCCGGUUCUGGGCCCGCAGCAUCUCUUGAGGGCGAAGGUAUGGUGCAAAAGAGGAAUACCUUGGCAGCGGUCACCAAUGCAGCUGUUCAGGCAAAGCAAUGGGGUUGGAACGCUAUCCAACGGCAAAGAGAGGCCUUGAGGAACAAUGAUAAGACCAUCGCCGUUGAUCUGAGCCAGCCUAUGGGUCGAGGGCAACCCCUUCCGCCACCAGGGACACCACUUCCAAUGCCAACAAAUGGAGGCACCAAGAUAGGGCCUGUCCCCACGUCCAAGCGGAGAUCCCCAAACCUCAUCCCAGAGGAAGAGGCUGCCCUUGCAGCCGAGGACAGUCAGGGCGUUGCGCCUUCGCCUGGGAGACACCAUUCUCCGCCGCGGAGGAGGCGACAAGACAGCCAGCAGCAAGACGACUACAGCCCGAAUAUCCUCGUAGUCGCUGCGCCGGACGAUUCACAGCCCACUACUCCCGCCAUUGAGGACGAGGCACGUCAGACUGAGCUUUGGAAUGGAGAGCUGCCGCCAACAGUGCAGCAGAGGAGUGGCAAGCAGGUCGCCGCGGAUGACAACGACCAGGGCUCGGAGGCAGGCAAUCCCGUCACCGCCAGCAGGCCCAUUCCGAUCAGCCCAUCGACUUUUGCACAGCCGAACGACGACGAUGACUAUUCCGCAUGGCUGGUAGACGACUAG